AAAAUGUACACCCACAGCCCCAAUGUGAAAAUUUGUAAAAUAAAAAACUGAAGUUGAAUGUUGAGAUUUGCACUCGUAGACAAAACUCACAAAUCUGUCUUCUGAAUUUGCAGAAAAAUAGUCACAAAUGUGUAAACUGGCAUUUACAAAAUACAUUGGCAGAUACAAAUGCAUAGCACAUAUUUACACGUUUUCCUAGAUUCAGAUUUGAAUUGCAACCACAAAUAGGCAUCCGCAACCUCUCAAAUCUGUCACUGCAGUUUCCAAUUUUUCCGCCUUGACUUUUGCUACUACUUUCGCGAUAAACCCGUUGCAAAACUAACUUGAGCACUUGAAAGCUCAGAGGCGAGAGAAAGAACGGCAUUUGAUGACAUCACGCGGCUGAGCCACACUGCCCCCUAAUGGCAGGAAAAAACACAAUGAAAGGAGUUUUUUAAAUCACUAAUACAGUAUUUAAUUAAAGAUGAAACUCUAAAUCAAUAAAUGAAUGUUCCUUAACUAAAAUACUACUUACGGCUACUUUUUUACUAUAAAUUAACUUUUCUGUUUUAUUCUCUUUUAUAUUUACUGCAGUAUAUCUUUGUUCAAUGUUUGUCCUUUAUUAUAUAUUUAUUGCUUUUCUACCCCAUCUGCAACGCAGCCAUAGAUUGCUAAACCUAGAUUGCGCUCUGUCGAUCGCAGAUCGCACGGAAGCUUGUAAGCGCAUGUGUAUGAAUCGGUUCGGCGAUCUGCUAGUUCGGUCUGCGCAUGAGCGGGGACGCGCAGGGAAAGUAGUGGGACUGGGAGCAGCUGUGGCAAAUGUUCCACCAGUCCAGCAAUUUUAAGAAAAAGGGGUAAUUAAUUAAAAGGAGAAAACACAUUAACGCCCAUUAACCGGGCACGAUUGAAGAAAUGCGUUUUGGACACCAUCGGUUAGCUGCUAAGAGCUCAAAGUAGCAGAUCGGAGCGUUUCUGAAUGGAAACAAAACAACCACGAAGACUGACAAUAAAAAGCAAACAUUCCUACAGGUUUUAACUGACACCAUACCGAACUUGGAAUUCAGUACGUCAGCACUGCACAUACUCGGGUUUUCAACCGUCAUCAUUUUUGAAAGUAUCUUGUCGUCUAUGUGAAAACGUGAAACUCAGGAAACAAUGAAGACCUAACUCAUGUUAGCCGCUGAGCUGGCCCAGCUCGAAAGUCUCCGUGCGUUUCUUUUUUCACCGGGAAACUUUCUUCAUUCGCUUUAAAAGACUGGAAAAAGAAGUUUUAACAAAGUUAAAGAAGAAGCUUAGGCUCUCUUCUCAUUUUUUGCAUGGAGGUUAGGGGCGAGGACAGGGGAUCGGACGGCAGCAGAGGCCCCGACUCGACCCACUUUCCUCUUUACUCUAAACCCGCACGAGUGCGGGUCACGAAUUCUGACGUGAUGAUCUAUCCUAGCGCUGGAGAGGAUCUCACGGGGAGAGCUACUUCUGCUGGCUGCGAGUCUCCUUCUUCAGACGGUCCGGGCAGCAGCCGGAUGUCCCCCACUGACGGGCCCACGGUCUUCCCACCUUUACCACCGCCACCUCCGCCGCCGCCUGGAUUCGGGGUGCACGGGAGUGUGGAUGAAAGUGAUCAACAGGAUGGACCGGAAUAUGAGGAAGAGGAGGUUGUGUUCCCACUCUCCGCGCCGCCCACCAACCACAGCAGACUGAGGAGGAUGUUCAUCAGCAUGAAAGACCCCAGUGAGCACACAACAGUUUCAGCAACAAUUAACUUAUACUUCAUGUAUACAAAAUGGCAUUGCUUUCUAUACAUUUAUAUUAACAAUGAGCUUUAUUAAUAAAAUUGUGUUUCAAUUAGCAUGUACUUGUGUUUUGCUUUGGUACCGAAAUUGGUACCGAGAACCGUGGAAUUUUACUGGUAUUGGUACCGACUACUGAAAUUUUGGUACCGUGACA